AUGCCAGCAGCCAAUGUGGCAAAGCCUGGGCGUGCACUGCCCGCCGGGCGCGUGCCGGUUGCAGAAGAGAAGCCGCGAGACGAGCCGAAAGAAGGUACUGCAGCAUCACCGUUCGAUGCUUCGCCUUUCGACGCGCACGUCCCGGCAUCGCCCUUUGACGUUGGCGAGGGCCGACCGCGUCAACGGCAGGCGGUCCAGACUCUCCACACUGACGAUGCUCGGUACUUUGUGAUCACGAGCAACAGCGCCGAGAACGUUGUGAAAUCUAUCCGUCACAACGUGUGGGCGACGCAGCGGAAGAAUGAGCAGAAGCUGAAUGAGGCCUACCGCAGCGGCUGUACAGUCUUCCUCCUCUUCUCCGUCCAGCGCAGCGACGCUUUCCAAGGCUAUGCAAAGAUGAGGAGCGCUGUGGGCAGGUCGCAGCUCAGAGGUACAGAUCCUUUUAAUGGCUUCGGCAGGCUGUUCGAUGUGGAGUGGAUGCGUCUACACGACCUCCCCUUCAGAGAGGUGCAGCAGCUUCGCAAUCCCCUCGCCGAGGAUGGCAAGGUAACCUUGUCUCGCGAUGGACAGGAGCUCGCGAACAGCACGGGGCGCAAGCUGUGUGCCAUCAUCGACAAGCACAUCGAUGAGCCAGAGAGCUUUCCGGUUCGCCACGAGGUGCCUGCCAGCCUUUGGCAGACGAGUUGGGCAGCUCCCUUCCCGGCCACUCCAGGCUUCCCCACGGAGCGUGCCGAAUCCGAAGGAACACGGCGCAAGCGUCGCAGGAAGCUGCGCAAGGCACCUCAUGCUCUUGAAGAUGGCUUCGACGAGCAUGUAGAGUAUUUCCUCGGUAUGGACUACGAGGAUUACGUCGAGUGGUGGAAGCGCUCCGGUGCGAUCGGCCCAGGACCCGCUCCACUGCCCUGA